AUAACGUUUUGGCGCAAUGGCUUCAGUAUUGAGGACGGACCGCUCUUAGACUAUAAUGAUCCUGCUAAUGCGGAGAUUCUACGCGCAAUCGACCAAGGACAGGCCCCAGCCGAUCUCUUGAAUGUCCGUUACGGACAGCCCGUCGAACUCCGCGUAGCUCGUCGCAUGCAUGAAGAUUACAUACAGCCUCAACCGCGCCCUCACCAGGCAUUCGAAGGCGCUGGGAAUCGACUCGGUGCACCCACACCUACAUUCCCUACCCAGGGAUUGAGCUCUGGGACUGUUUCGGUCUCUGCUACGGCUACGGCUUCCGUGCCUGUGCCCGCAGUGCCUCGCGAAGACAGAGAAAGCCUGCAAACAAAAUAUGAAGUAGAUGAUACACAGGAGACCACGACCGUUGCGAUUCAGCUUGCAGACGGCACAAGGAUGCGGAUGAGAAUGAACCUCACAAGUACCGUAAGAGACAUCCGGAACAUCAUCAAUGCUGCACGUCCUGAGAACUUGACGCGUUCUUAUACGAUUCAGACCAUGCGGCCGACCCGUAUCCUGGGUGAGGACACGCAGACGAUCCAAGCCGCAGGGUUGCAGAGGAGUUUAGUUGUCCAGCGAUGG